AUGGAUCCGUUUUCCCUUACUUCUCCUGGCCCUGUGAACAUAGACGUAGGGUCUUCUGAUGUUCCUAAACCGGUGGAAAGGAGAAAGUGGACAACACAAGAAGACUUAGUCCUCAUAAGUGCUUGGUUAAACACCAGCAAGGAUCCCAUAUGUAAGCAGAGGUGGGGAAGGCUCAAUGACCAGGUGUCUAAGUUUGUGGGAAGCUAUCAGACCGCUUUGAAGGAGCAAGCUAGUGGCCAAAAUGAGAACGAUGUCAUGAAGUCUGCCCAUGACAUCUUCUUCAAUGACUACCACGGCAAGUUCACACUUGAACAUGCGUGGAGGGAGCUGCGGUUCGAUAAAAAAUGGAGGUCUAUCUCUUUACCAAGAGAUGGUGCAAAGGAGAAAAGGAAGGAAGCUGCAGAGACGGUGCCUGACUCGGAAGAGGUAAGGCCACAUGGUGUUAAGGCUUCCAAAGCAGCCAAACGCAAGAAGAAUGGGAAUGAAGCUGCAUAUGAUCGACUACAGAGCAUUCUAGACUUGAAACAGAACAUAUCCAAACAGAAACUACUAGAUCGUCUCCUCUCAAAAAAAGAAACUCUCACUGAAAGUGAGGUGUCUCUGAAGGACAAACUCGUAGCUGAGAUGCUUUGA